AUCUAAAUAUUUUCAUCUUAAACUUUUCAGGCUGUGGCGAGGUGUCUCCCGCAAACUAAUGAGGGUUUUACACAUUUUGGUGAAGGGGCAAGAAGUUUUCUACUGACAUUUACAAAUAUGUUGCCGGAAGAUGGCCGUUACAUGACUUCCGUAGAUUUAUACUCUGAAUUGGAAAAAGGAGUCCAGCCAUGAGUAAAAUUCCACCAUCAAUCCUCCGCCAGCCACCGCCGCCUCGCUCGCGGAUGGCCGCCAUCAACGAAGAUGAAGGAAACACAGAGAUGGCUGAGGGCAAUUGUACUCGAACUUUUUAUCUAAGGAGGUGUAAAAGGAAGAGGUUAACGGGCAUGGAGUCUCUACCUGAUGAAUUGCUGUUUGAAGUUCUGGUGCGUCUCCCAGCUCAAGAUAUUUAUGACCCGGCAAGGCUUGUUUGCCGGAAGUGGUACCAUAUGAUCCAUACCCAUAAUUUCAUCUAUGCACACCUUCAGCAUACAACAUAUGGGCUUCUCUUCCAAUGUACGCGCAAAGAUUCAUUUUUUAUGGCUGUGCGAGAAGGCCGAAUUGAGAUAUCAAAGUUCAAGUACAAGUUUAGAUACGAAGUUAAGACUAGUUGCAACGGAUUGUUGUUGGAAUUUGAAGAGUGGAACCAUAAUAAUGCUUAUAUUUCGAAUCCUGCUACAAGUCAAAUCUUUGUUCUCCCUCCAAAGGUCGGUGGGCUAGUAAGGUAUGGAAUAGGAAUAGCAUAUGCUGCAGCUACCAUGGAGUAUAAAGUGGUCAUGCCAUAUCCUGUUCUGCCAAACUCAAAAGGAUUAUGCUAUAUAUUAACUGUUGGAGUUGAUAACUCUUGGAGGACUGUCCGUACGGAACACUUAUCUUACGAAGCUAUGCGAGCAUUUAUUGCUCCUCCAUUACUUACUGAAGGUUUUGUGCAUUGGUGCUCUGCUCGUGACGAUGGAGUGUUGACUUUGAAUGCUGAGACUGAAAUUAUCAAGGAGACUCCUGCCCCUGUCCCAAGACCAGUUCUUGAAGGAGGUAGAAGUAGGAAUAUCUUUUUGUCCGCAGGAAGGUAUCUUUCCAUGUUCGUUUUUUGUGAAGAAUUUUUUUGGGAUGUUUGGGAGAUGAAGCCAGAAACUGGGGAAUGGAGAAAGGUGCGUAGCAUUUCCUUGGAUGCCGAAAGAGCACAUUUAAACGAGUAAUCGAUUUUAGACCUUAUGAAUUUGUGGUUCCAGUUGGUUGGUUGAAGUACCUAGAGGUAUUGGUCUUGGGUGUGUCUAGUGGAAGGCGUUUCGUUUUUAUAUACAAUCUUCUUGCACAGGAAAUGGAGACAAUGGAGUUACCCACCCUGCGUUGUAAUUACUCGAUUGUAAAGCAUAAGAACAGCCUGGUAUGGUUGGGUGGAUCAUAGCGCUAUGUGCUCUUUCUUUCUGCCAUGCCAUUCUACUCCCAUGUUAAUUAUCAUUUGUGUUGUUUUUUGUAAUUUGGUAAACUAUGCAUAUACUCUGUAUCAUUUGUGUUGUUUUUUGUAAUACUAGUAUUUUGACCCGUGCAAUGCACGGGGUUAAACAAAUGUAUUGAAGAGAU